ACUCCGCGCCCUUCCGCUCGCGGUGCCAAAAGGCGCCCGCCCAGAUUGAAAAGGCGCAGUGCAUGCCCGGCCGCGUCACUCUGCGGGUGCAGGACGCACGUCGGGGCGCGGCUCGCCGGCUCGCGCGCGGCUCCGGCUCUGUCACUCGCGUCCUGCCGAGGACCGGCGCACCCCAGCGCCUGCCUGGCGGCGGCGGCAGCAAUGCACGGAGCCGCCCGCUCUCCGGCCACCAGCGUGAGUGCCGACUGCUGCAUCCCAGCCGGCCUGCGCCUCGGGCCGGUGCCCGGGACCUUCAAGCUGGGGAAGUACCUGUCAGACCGCAGGGAACCUGGGCCCAAGAAAAAGGUGCGCAUGGUGAGAGGGGAGCUGGUGGACGAGUCGGGGGGCUCCCCCCUGGAGUGGAUAGGGUUAAUCCGGGCAGCCAGGAACCCCCAGGAACAGACUCUGGAAGCUAUUGCAGACUUACCCGGAGGACAGAUCUUCUAUCGAGCCCUUCGAGACGUCCAGCCAGGAGAGGAGCUGACCGUGUGGUAUUCCAACUCUUUGGCGCAGUGGUUCGACAUCCCCAUCAUUGCAACGCCAACGCACGACGAGAAAGGGGAGGAGCGCUACAUUUGCUGGUACUGCUGGAGGACGUUUAGAUAUCCCAACAGCCUUAAAGCACAUCUACGUUUCCACUGCGUGCUCAGCAGCGGCGGGGGCCGCGCCUACCUGCACCACGAGCAGGCGGCUCGCCAAGGCGCUGCCCCGGCCGCGGAUGGCCUUCGCCUUUCCCCGAAACCCCCGGCGUCAGAUUUCGCUGCGGCCGCCCCGGCGAGCACUCUUCGACCGCACCCGCAGGUCCCACCGGCCCCUCAGGCUUGCGGAGCGCGGGAGAGCAUCAAGCGCGAGGCCUCCUCUGCGCCCUCCGCCACGUCGCCGACCCUGGCCAAGUGGGGGCCUUCCAAGAAGGGAAAGGAGCAGCCGGACCGCGCUCUGGACAUGAGUGGUGCCGCCCGAGGACACGGCCACUUCCUGGGCAUCGUGGGCGGUUCCCCAGCGGGGGGCGGCGGCCUCGCUUUCUACCCGGGCGUGCGCUCGGCUUUCAAGCCCGCUGGCUUGGCCAGGGCAGCCGCCGCCGCGCACGGCGACCCCUACCGGGACGAGGGCGGCGGCAAACCCGGGGCCGGCCUGGCUUUAAGCAGGCUGCUGGGCGGGGGACGGGCGGGCGGACACCCGAGAAGCGGGGAGAACCCAGCGGCUGGCGGCGCUGGCCACCACCAUCACCACCAUGCGCACCACCAUCACCAUCCCAAGUGCCUACUCGCGGGGGACCCGCCGCCGCCUCCUGGCCUGCCCUGCUCCGGGGCGCUGCGCGGCUUCCCUCUGCUCCCCGGGCCCCCGGAAGAGGCGUCUGCCUUCAAGCACGUGGAGCGCGCCCCGCCCGCCGCCGCCGAGCUGCCAGGAGCGCGUUACGCGCAGCUGCCCCCGGCGGCCGGGCUGCCCCUCGAACGCUGCGCGCUGCCACCCCUCGACGCCGGCGGCCUCAAAGGCUACCCGGGUGGCGAGUGCAGCCACCUGCCGGCCGUCAUGCCGGCCUUUACCGUCUACAACGGGGAGCUCCUGUACGGCUCACCAGCCGCCGCCGCUUAUUACCCGCUCAAACUGCACUUCGGCGGGCUGCUCAAGUAUCCGGAGUCCAUCUCUUACUUUAGUGGGCCCGCGGCGGCGGCCGCUCUGAGCCCGGCGGAGCUGGGCUCCCUGGCUAGCAUCGACCGAGAAAUCGCCAUGCACACGCAGCAGUUGUCGGAGAUGGCGGCCGGGAAAGGCCGCGGCCGCCUGGACGCGGGGACGCUGCCCCCGGCCGUCGUGGCGGCGGGCGGCGCCGGGGGAGGCGGCGGCGGGGGCGGCGGCGGCGGCGCGGGCAAGCCCAAGACGGGCCACUUGUGCCUCUACUGCGGCAAGCUGUACUCGCGCAAGUACGGGCUCAAGAUCCACAUGCGGACGCACACGGGCUACAAGCCGCUCAAGUGCAAGGUGUGCCUGCGGCCCUUCGGCGACCCCAGCAAUCUCAACAAGCACAUCCGGCUGCACGCCGAGGGCAACACGCCCUACCGCUGCGAGUUCUGCGGCAAGGUGCUGGUGCGCCGCCGGGACCUGGAGCGCCACGUCAAGUCUCGCCACCCCGGCCAGAACCUGCUCCCCAAGGCGGCCGACGGCCCGGGCGGCGAGCCUCACUACCCCCCGGAGCCGGGAGAGCCCAAGAGCGACAACGACAGCGACGUGGACGUCUGCUUCACCGACGACCAGAGCGACCCCGAGGCCGGGGGCGGUGGCGAGCGCGACUCGUAACGAGUCUUCCAGGGAAGGCGGGGAGUGUGGGGGCGUGGACAGAGAGAAGAGGGAGUUCUGCUCUGGGUGAAGAGGAGCUGCCGGUGGUGAGAAAGACCCGCCGGACAAAACCGGUUUGGUUUUGGUCGCUCGCCAGAUUUGGAACAGUGAGCGGUCCCAGGUCAGAUGCUGAAACUCUGAGCAAAGGUUUAGAGGCGUCUUUAGAUUUCUUUAGAAAUCUUGCCUUCCGAGCAUCCCCGGGACGACGGGUCCCAGCGCACUCCAGGCGCCUGAGCGCCGCGAAUAGGCUUCCUAUUCACCAACCCAGGCGGUUGACUCUCCAGGUUUCAGAUCACAUGAAUGGGAAGCCACAGCGCCCUCGAGGGCGUCGAUUUUAACUGCCGCGUAUUUUUAAAAUGUUCUUUUUUUGUGAAGAAAAUUGUGCCUUUUGAAACGACGUUUUGUGUGUGUAUUCUACAUUAGCAUUUCACUGCAUAGGCAAAAUAGUAGCCCCAAUUCUGUAGAUGUGACAUCCAUACCCUUGUUUCCAUUUCAUCUGUUUUCGUGUCAAAGACUACGCCUUGACGCAAUGAAUAUAUAGUGGUAGCAGGUGUACAAAUUGGUCAAGUUGCAAUUAUUUAUAAGAGAAUGAUGACAAAUGUAAAAUAUCUAAAGCAUGAGUCUUAAGAGCACGCAAUAUAUAAUUUUAAAGAAAAUACCCUAUUUGGUAGAGUACAAAUGUGAUGUAUGUUGUUUUAUAAUGAAUGAUGUAAAGUGGAUUCAGUAUUUUGGUCUUCGUUCCAGUUUGUGCAAUCUUUAAUAAAAAUAAAAAUUAAAAACAAGA